AUGGGAUGUCGGCAAAGCUCUGAGGAGAAAGAGGCAGCGCGGCGGUCCCGAAGGAUUGACCGCCACCUGCGCUCUGAAAGCCAGCGACAACGAAGGGAGAUAAAACUCCUGCUCCUGGGCACCAGCAAUUCUGGGAAGAGUACUAUUGUAAAGCAGAUGAAAAUCAUUCAUAGCGGCGGCUUUAACUUGGAGGCCUGUAAGGAAUACAAACCCCUGAUUAUCUAUAACGCAAUUGACUCUCUCACACGCAUCAUUCGGGCUCUGGCCACCCUUAAGAUAGAAUUCCACAAUCCUGACAGAGCAUACGAUGCAGUGCAGCUUUUUGCCCUGACAGGCCCAGCCGAGAGCAAAGGUGAGAUUACCCCGGAGCUGCUGGGGGUGAUGAAGAGGCUGUGGGCAGACCCCGGUGUGCAGGAGUGUUUUUGCCGCUCCAACGAGUACCACCUGGAGGAUAACGCUGCGUACUACCUGAACGACCUGGAACGGAUCGCAGCUCUGGACUACAUCCCCACGGUGGAAGAUAUUCUGCGGUCUCGGGACAUGACCACAGGGAUUGUAGAAAAUAAGUUCACCUUCAAAGAGCUGACUUUCAAAAUGGUGGAUGUGGGUGGACAGAGAUCUGAACGCAAAAAGUGGAUCCACUGUUUUGAGGGGGUUACAGCAAUAAUUUUCUGUGUGGAGCUGAGUGGGUAUGACUUGAAGCUGUACGAAGAUAACCAAACAAGUCGAAUGGCAGAAAGUUUGCGUCUGUUUGAUUCCAUCUGCAACAACAACUGGUUUAUCAACACUUCCCUCAUCCUUUUUUUGAAUAAGAAAGAUCUGCUGGCAGAAAAAAUCCGACGCAUUCCCUUAACAGUCUGCUUUCCUGAGUACAAAGGGCAGAACACUUACGAGGAGGCAGCAGUCUACAUCCAACGCCAGUUUGAGGACUUGAAUCGCAACAAGGAGACCAAGGAGAUCUAUUCACACUUCACCUGUGCCACUGAUACCAGUAACAUACAAUUUGUGUUUGAUGCAGUGACAGAUGUCAUCAUUCAGAACAAUCUCAAAUACAUUGGCCUCUGCUAAGAAUCCUUGGGUGUAAUCUGUGUUCCUGGAGUGUUAAAAAAGGGGCUAACCUCUUCCACUUCCAGUGGAAAGAAAUUGGGCAAUGCUUAAUAGCCCAAGGAGAGAAAAGGGGAAAUCUGAUAUAUGAACACAGUUCCUCUUAUGCCCCCUUAACCUGCUACAUCAUUUUCCCCAAAUAUAUGUUCUGGAGAGUGAGUCCCUCCUCUCCAAGAAAACCAAACACCCUCAGUGGAAAAAAAAAACAAAAACAAACAAACAAAAACUCAGAAACCCCAAACAAAAACAAAAUAAGAGAUUGAGGCUUGACUCUGUGGAGAUGUUUCACCACAGUCACUGCACUUUUAUUCCAUUUGUUUCUUUCCAUUUCCUACAGUGGGAGUGUUAUCAUGUUCUGUGUAAGA